AUCGCCCGAAGAGCUGAAAACAAGUUGCAGGAAAGGAAGGGAGGAAGAAAGAAGGGGAAGCUAGACAUAUCAACUAUGCACGGUAGACUGAAGGUUAAGACCACUGCAGAACAGCAGGAGGCAAAGCGGAAGGAAAGGGAGAAGAAAAUGAAGCUCUAUAAUGCAGCUACAUCAAAGAUAUUCCAGAAAAGACAAGGGCAGGAGUAUGACCAGGAAGCCUUGGAGCUGACAGCACAGAUACUGAGUGCAAACUCUGACUUUUACACGUUGUGGAACUACAGAAAAGAAAUCUUCCUUGCAUUCAAGGAGAAGAGCACAGAAGACGAGCUUCAUAAGCUUUUUGAAGAUGAGCUAAGCUUCCUGGAGGCAUGUUUGAAGGGAAAUCCCAAGUCGUAUGGUUGCUGGGAACACAGGUGUUUUGUGAUGCUGACCAUGCCAUGCCCUGACUGGGACAGGGAGCUGAUGCUGUGUAAUAAAUAUCUGGAAUAUGAUGAGAGAAACUUCCACUGCUGGGACUACAGAAGGUUUGUAGUGAAGAGAGCACAGGUGACUCCAGAGGCAGAGUUUGAGUUCACAACAUCCAAAAUCAGCAGCAAUUUCUCCAACUAUUCCUCCUGGCACUACAGAAGUAAGCUGCUGCCUCUCAUACACCCAGACCCAAAACACCCUGGAGGUGUGAAGGAUGAUGUACUUAUUAAAGAGUUUGAACUUGCCCAGAAUGCCUUCUUCACAGACCCCAAUGACCAAAGUGCUUGGUUCUAUCAUAGAUGGCUAUUGGGCAGAGCUGAAAAGCAGCUUGCCAUUGACUGUGUGUAUGUAUCAAGAGAACUAAGAAGAGUUAUGGUCAGACUUUCUAAACCAGCAAAGAUAGGAGCUGACCUCUCCCUGCAGGUGUCCCUAGAUGGUGUCCAGUGUACAGGAGAGUGGACCACACCAGCUAACUCUAAUGACCACUCUCUGCUAUGGCUCUUUAAUCUCACUGCACCCUUGGAUGGUAAUGAGCAUAAAGUUAUGGUAGCUAUGGAGGGAAGCUCUAGGUCUUGCACACUGAAGGACGGAGAUGAGAAGGCUAGCAGUGUGGAUGAAGUCAAACCAGGAACUCUGUUUAGCUAUCAACUAAGUGCUGCCACAAGUGAUACUCUUACACAAGAACUUGAUGCUUGUCAACAACUUUAUGAGUUAGAACCAGACAAUAAAUGGGUCCUCCUCACCAUUAUGCUGUUAAUGAGAGCCAUAGAUCCACUCAAGUACUUGAAGGAAACCCUGGAACACAUAGACACCAUUAUCAAAGUAGAUCCUUGUAGGACCAACUAUUAUAAGGAUCUUAGGAGUAAAUUUCUCAUAGAGAAUGCUAUAGAAGAACAAGGCCUGUCAGCCAAAUCAGUAGACUUAUCUAACAGAGAAUUAACUACCCUCCGUCACACAGAGUACAUGUGUACAGCAGAGCGUAUAGACCUGUCAAAUAACAAACUUUCCAGCCUCCCUGGCUGUGAGAGCUUUCAGUGUGUUAAGGAGCUGGAACUAAAAGGAAACCAACUGAAGAGUUGUGAGAAAAUGGAGUGCCUCCCUCUGCUGGAGGAUCUGUCUCUUACAGAUAAUUCCAUCUCAACCAUGGAAGGACUGCGGCCUUUGACCUUGUGUUCGAAACUUAAGAAGCUGAACAUCAUGGGCAAUCCUCUUUGUGAACAAGACGAUUUUGUGGAGGAACUGAGAAAUAUGUUGCCCAGUUUAGAUACUUUAAUUACGUAAAAACAUGCAAUGUUUAAUGUAUGAUUGUCAGUAAAUGUUUGUAUGGUGUUUGAUUCAUGCCAAGUACUGAAUAUGCUUGUUAAACAUUAUUAUGUGGAAUGUAAUGGUAAAUUUAAUAGAUCUUUCAAAAUUUUGCAGUCAAUUGGGAAUGUGACAGAUGUCUUAAGUUAAAAGCUUUCAUCUGUGAAAUGUCCUGUAAUAUUAUUAAUAAUUAUGAAUAAAUUAAAUACAAAAUCAUGAUCAUGAUUAUAACAUCAAGCUAUAGAAAUAAAUAAGUUUCCCCAAUUUGAA